AUCAUUGUACAGGCAUCGACAUGGCUGCGGACCGACCGAGAGUGAUACUCACCAAAGAUCAAGUUUCAAGCUACUUUGAUCGACUGAAGAUACCUGCGGAAAAGAGAUCUUAUGAUGUCACGCCGUUGAAGGACGAGGACGCCUUGAAAUAUCUUGCACUGCUGCAGAAGCAUCAUCUCGCAGAAGUUCCUUUCGAGAACUUGACGCUGCACUAUUCAGCGCAUCACCAGAUAUCUUUACACCCAGACGAGCUGUUCAAGAAGAUUAUAGCAGACAACAAUGGUCGCGGCGGGUAUUGCAUGGAGAACAAUGCUCUGUUCGGAACGCUUCUCCGUUCCUUGGGGUUCAACAUCUACUCUGGCGGCGGACGAGUAUGGGAAAACAGCACUUGGACUGGCUGGGGUCACAUGCUCAACUUCAUUACCAUCGGCGACACCAAGUACCACGUGGACGUAGGUUUUGGAAGUGAGGUACCAUUGGUUCCGAUGCCAAUGGACCGUUCAGGCACUGUCCAACCGCACAUCAGUCCGGCCACAGUGCGUCUACAAUGGCGUAAUAUUCCUGGGAACACGGAUCCGAGCCAGCGUCUGUGGGUGUACGAGUAUCGGAGAGACGAUGAAGCCGAGUGGGAGAUGAGAUACUGCUAUAGCGAAGUAGAGUUCCUCCCGUGCGAUUACUUCGCCAUGAACUACUUCACAUCGACGAGUCGCAAGUCGUUCUUCACGAGAUUGGCCGUUAUGGAUAAGAAGCUGCUAGAUGACGAAGGGGAGUACAAGGGAAGCAUAAUCCUGAACGGAAACACUCUCAAGCGGCGCAUCCAUGGUGUGAAGGAAGAGGAGGUCGUGUUCGAGACUGAAGCCGAGAGACUGGUCGCCCUCGAGAAGUUCUUCGGCAUCCGGUUCGGUGAGGCAGAGCGAAAUAGCAUUAUUGGGUUAGGAUCGCAGCUCAAAUAG